AUGACCGCCACCGCCCCCGGCACCGCCAACCAGAUCUCGGUCUAUGGCCAACCUUCUCCCACUAACUCCAACACAACCACUCCUUCAAAUAAUUCCCCCACCUCCCCUCGUCUCACUACGACUGCCCUUCACCAACUUCCAUUGCAAUCUCGCCAGCUGCGCCCUCCCAAGGGCCCAUUGUAUGUGCCUGCUGCUCUGCGACCGACUGAGCGCCCUCAGAAGUCUUCCCCAAUCACCCCACCGCGCAGUGCGCACGGUUCUCUCGACAGUCUGAACGAGGACUCGGAUGAACCUAUCAGUCGUCGCUCCACCAUGGAGAGCAAGCACAGCGGUAUCAGCAAACAUGAAUUCAUGAAGACCGAACACCUGGGCCUGGUGACUGGCUUGCCCACUCGGGAUCACUGGAAACUCAAUCACCACCUCACUGUAUUCAUAUGUAUUACGGUCGGGAACCUGGUUGCUAAUACCUCUCUACAGGCGGACUCCGCUUCUCCCAAUUGUGACUCGCCUACCUGCCGUUCCUCCUUCGGCAUUUUCCUGCGUCGCCACCACUGCCGCCACUGCGGUCACGUCUUUUGUUCCUCGCACACCCCUCACAUCGUUCCACUUGACCAGGAUGCGAAAUUCCAUCCCGAGGGGGUUCCCUCUCGGGCCUGCGACCUUUGUUGGAGUGCUCAUCAGCGCUGGGAGGAGACUCGUACUGAUCGCUUGAACAAGAUCCAAAACAACAUGCACACCAAGAGCAUUGACGAGGAUGCCACUCAAGACCUCGACGCCAGCCAGGAGUCCGGCCGUGCCGCUCUCCAAGCCAACCUGGGCCAGACUCCCGAUGUGGCUGCCAGCGUCCCUCGUGAUUGGAACUGGAGUACCUUCUGA